AUGAGCUCGGUGCGGCGCCGGGAUGGGCUCCGGCUGCCGGCAGCCCCGCAGAGCCGCGGUCCGGCUCCUCCCUCUCUGCCCGGCUCCUCCUCCCGUCCUGGAGCAUCCUCAGGGUACAGGUUACGGUUUACAGCUUUCAGGUUACAGCUUACAGGUUACAGGUACAGGUUACAGGUUACAGUUUGCCCCGGCGGGGCCAAGGGCGGGGCAGAGGGACGGGAUGUGGGACAGGCUCCUCCCGGGGGCGGCUCCGCGGAUCCUCGUCCGGCUCUCCCGGCUCGCCGGCAUCCCCGUAUCCCCCGAGCCGUGUGUUCUGCGCUGCAGGGCGCCAUGGGGUUCGUCGUGUCGAAGGCCAUGAACGACAGCCUGAAAGGGCAGCAGGAGUUUAUGCGGCUGCAGCUGGAAAGGCAAUUAAUACUUCAGAACCUGAUGAGAGAGAGACAAACAGCCAUGCAGAUUGCUUGGACACGAGAAUUUCUCAAAUAUUUUGGGACAUUUUUUGGACUUGCUGCUGUGGUUUUAACAACUGGAGCAGUAAAAAGGAAGAACCCAGCAGUUUUACUGCCAAUACUUCCCUUAAGCUUUGUAUUUUCCUAUCAAUAUGAUAUGGGAUAUGGGACGCUGUUGCAAAGGAUUAAAGGUGAAGCAGAGAACAUACUUGACACACAGAGCAGUUUGCUAGAAUUGCCAAAAGGACCUCUCACAUUUGAAGACUUGGAGAAAAUCAGAAUAUCUCAGAGCAAUUUCUUCACAGAAAAAUAAGAAGAUGGUAUUAAAGCUACAUAUCUGAAAAGUGAUUAUAGUACUGCAUUUCAACAUAAAUAAAUAAUUAAAUUUUAAUUUGAAAUUUAAUUUAAUUUAAUUUAAUUAAUAAAAUUAUGAGCUCUUAUAAAAUCAAAAUUGAAUUAUUUUUUAAGAAUUAGUACUUUCUAAAACAAUUGGUUUCAUAUUAUAUGGAUCACUUAAAAAUAUUCAUUAUUCUGUAGUAUAUUUUCCUUGUUUAUAGUUAAAUAUUAAAUUUGCAUUGACUAUUCAGAGUCUAAAAAUAACUUCCACCUGUAGUAAAAAUGUCUGGUACUGACCAAACUCGGUAUAAUUCAUAAAUAUAUGGUAAUUUGUAGUUACAAGUUUGUAUUAAUAUAUAAAUUAUAUAAAUAAAUAUGUACAGUUUUCAAAUAUAUUUCAGGAUACAUAGCUCAAUUUGAAGUCAUGAGCAGGCAGAUAAUUUAUUUAAAAAAUAAGACACUUUUUAUUUACUUUUCUGUAGGCAGUGAACGCACCAUCUCUGCUUCAAAUUCUAGAAUAAACAGCUUUUAUCAGAAGGAGGUUCAGAAGUAAACACAUAACUUGCUAACUGUGUGUUUUACUCAUGGGGAAAACUGUGUUAAAGCAUGAGCAGAGAUAGUUUCUGAAAAAGAGGAAAUAAAUUAUGUAGCUAUUUCCUGAAUCUUUUUAAUGCUUGUUCGAUAUUUUGAAACUCAGGAUAAUUUGUUUUUUGGUAAUUGAAAUCAGAGUUUCACUACUAAGAUGAAUAUUAACUUCAGCUAACAGCAAGCAAAAUUAUUAAUGUAUAUUUUUGUAAUGGGUAGAUCCAAGUGGCCUUACAAGUACUGGAAAACUGAGGGAUUUUUUUGCAUGCCUUAAUUCCAGCAUGGUAUACCGAGAAUGUAGUUUUAGUACACUUUAAUGUUCUGAUGUCACACUUGGAAAAAAAUGAAUCUUUCUGUAUUGCAAAUCUUGUUCAGGAACAGAUUAUUUUGUGUUUUGAAUGGAAAUUCUUCUAGCAUUAAUCUAAUUGUGGAAAGAAAAACAAAUGCUCAAAAAGUAUUCAAAAAUUAAUUAAGCCGAAGUCUGUACUGACAAUUUGUUGACUUAAAAAUUAAAUUCCCACUGGAGAUAAAUGCCCCAAAUAUGAUUUUGAAGACUACUUAACUAAACUUAGAAUAUUGUUACAGUAAGACAGGCAAAUAUAUAAUGAAACAAAAGCUUCUCAAUAUAGAAGAAAUUAAUAGCACAGUUUCCACAGUUUGUCUUCUGAAAGUGCAUUCACUUCUGCAUUGUCACUUCUGUAAUUGGUUCUGUCCUCUACAUGUUAACAAUGCCUAGUCUGUAACUGAUUUCAAGUGUGAUGCUUUAAUAGUCAGUGUAAUAAAAUGAACACAAGUACUCCA